GUGGCUGACCAGCUAAGGGCAGCGGGAAUCUGCAGCGGCUCCCUUACCACCUAAUACUUGGCUCGGUUUGCAUCAAUUAAGGCUUCCCUGCGUCAAACAAAAGCGCUCCCGCCACCCAGAACCCUAAAACCCCCAAGCUUGCUUGGGUUCACGGACAAAGCACGAAACUUGCCAUCUUCCACGAUAAAGGGACGUAAAGGGCCCUUUCCCUCUUCAAGUAUAAGAGAGCUUGCCGUCUCCUCUUCAUCAUGUUUAAGAUACAGGGCAGCUGCUACUAGGCCAGUCAGCCCCCGAUAUCUGAUCAGCAAGCCUGGCCCACGUGCCGCUGUCGGCUCAUCUCCACAGCCCCCAACCAUGGCCGACAGUCCCAUUACCACGCCGAAGCGGAAGCGCAGCCAGCUCCUUACCGAUACGGCCCCGUCCUUAAACACCACCAAGUUCUCUUUCGCAGUGCCCCCGUCGUCGCCGGAGGAUGGCAGCAACAGCCCCCGCACUAGAGUGGCCCACCGAUUCCGCGGGCUUGCCCUCGAAGGUGGGGGCGGGGUCACGGAUAAGGGUUCCGAUUUCAGCCACGACGCGAUGCAGGAAGACACAGAUGUCGGCGUAAGGAAACGAGUGAGACUGCCCGAGGUGGACCAGCUCAGUCCCGAACUGUACGAGACACGGCAACUUGCAGCUGCUAUUGCUGAGACACCUACGGAAGCCGCCGUUGCCUCGGAACCAUUACCCGUCCAGGACGGAGCCAAAACGGAUGAGGGCCAGGGAAGAACAGUCACCCAUACCGACACCGUAACCACCCAUCGGACUUUCCCUCUCGUGGCUAACGAGGCCGGGCACAAGCCGCGAAGCCCACGCGCUGCGUCUCCAAAUCGCCCGCGAUCCGGUUCGCCGCCCCUUACCACCUCAGCCUCAGCCUUGGAAGAAGGCGUCGUAGAACCCAUCCGGGCAGCCCUGACGUGGCACGAGGACGAGAUCACCGUCUACGACCCGGACGACAGCGACGACGACGGCACGGGCAUCAACGGCAUCGGGUUCAAGCCGACACCGGCGAUCGCGCACGCGAGGACCAUGAGGCGCAAGCAGCAGCUCGCCGAGUACAGGAAGCGCGAGGAGCGCGAGGCGAGGGCGCGGAGGAGCCAACGCCGGAGAGGCAGUCCCGCCGCUGGCAUGGCGGAGGUAAAGGCGAGAGCUGAGCGGAGGAGGGUGAGGUUCAUGGAGGCCGCUGGCUAGGGGGGGCGGGGCAAACCGCCUGAUCGUUGACAUCCGACAUCCCAAACACACUUCUUUUUUCCCCCCUUUCCCGGGCCUUUGGCGGUUUUGAUGAUGGGUUCCGGGUUUGCUUUUGAAUCUUGCUACGAUCCAGAUACGUACGGGGUUGGGGUGGCGUUCUGAGGAUACCUACCUAACUGGUCCAUGGCGUUUCUCUCUUGACCGCUUUUGUGUAGAUGGAACCUACGCGGUAUUUGAUGACAUGGCUUGAUGCCCUAGGUUCUUGGGUUUUGGGUUUUGGGUUCUGAGGCUCUUGGGCUCUUUUUAAUUAUUGAGAAUUAUGGCACUUCCAUGCAUCCUUCUUGAAUUCGAUUUCCAAAAACA